CCCUGCUGGGUAUGAUGCCCCCACCCUCCGGAUAUGGCACACCCCCUGCUGGGUAUGAUGCCCCACCCUCCGGAUACGGUAAACCCCCUGCUGGGUAUGAUACCCCACCCUCUGGAUACAGUACACCCCCUGCUGGGUAUGAUGCCCCAUCCUCUGGAUACGGUAAACCCCCUGCUGGGUAUGAUACCCCACCCUCUGGAUACGGUAAACCCCCUGCUGGGUAUGAUGCCCCACCCUCCGGAUAUGGUAAACCCCCUGCUGGGUAUGAUGCCCCACCCUCCGGAUAUGGUAAACCCCCUGCUGGGUAUGAUGCCCCACCCUCCGGCUAUGAUACACACACUACUGGGUAUGAUGCCCCACCCUCCGGCUAUGAUACACACACUACUGGGUAUGAUGCCCCACCCUCCGGCUAUGAUACACACCCUACUGGGUAUGAUGCCCCACCCUCCGGCUAUGAUACACACCCUACUGGGUAUGAUGACCCACCCUCCGGCUAUGAUACACACCCUACUGGGUAUGAUGACCCACCCUCCAGCUAUGAAACCCUACCCUCCAGCCAUGGAAAACCUCAUUCCGGGUAUGAUACCCCAACUUCUGGCUUUGCAAAACCGUCCAAAGGACAUGCACGACCAUCCAAGGGUCAUAGUGUUACUGUCACAGGUUAUGUGCCUCCAACCAAGAGCCACGAUAGCACUCACACUGGGUACACAACCCCACAUAAGGAACAUGGCGACUUGCCCAAGGGUUAUGAUGACCCACACACAGGAUAUGAUGGCUAUGACUACUAUGAAGACUAUGACGACCAAGGCCAUGGUAACACCUAUAGGGAUUAUGAGGAUUCUUAUAAUUAUGACAACGUGUACGGAGACUACGAAGAUUCAUAUAGUGGUCAGUCCCACGGUCAUGGCGACCGUAAUUCCUAUAGUCCUGUUGUGGAUUACAUCAAGGGCAAACCAUAAUAGCUUAUUUUGGCAUCGGUAACUUCAGUAAUAAUGUACGUCUGUUGCAAGCAAUAGAACACUUCCAUUACAUGAUCAAAAGCCUUGUGGUGUUUUGUGUACAUUUCUGAAAACAAAAUCAAUACUAUUUAACAUUAUCUGGAACUGCUGCUUAAAUUAGCAUGAACUGAAAAAAAAUCUAAAUAAAAUGUACGGCAAUAA